AUGGUUUUGACGUCAAUGGUUUCCCGGGCCUUUGAGGCGCCGUGGAUCAGAAGUGCGAUGAAGCCAGUUGCCAGCUGGUACUGCAAUGCCGCUGGAUACAGGAAGUUGGGCCUAAGACUUGAUGAUUUGAUUCCAGAGGACAAUGACACUGUUCAGUUGGCGUUGAAGAGACUUCCUCCCAAGGAAGCCUAUGACCGUCUCUACCGCAUUCGCCGAGCCGUCCAGUGCUCUGUGGAACACCAGCUUCUGCCAGAGAAGGACCAGACCAAGCCAGAGGAUGACGUCCGAUACCUCUCCCCCCAUCAUCGAGGCCAUCAAAGCGUGAACAGGCCGAGCGUGCCGAACUCGACUCCCUCGUCAUCAAGCGAUGAAUUCCCACCCGACCAGCCAAUUCAAUUCAUCCCGUUAGCCUGUCAAAUGCCAAAUGAUACCAUGUACAGAGGAUGGUAUGAAGAAAAGACUUAA